UGGGGGACUCCUGCAGCAGGAUCUUCUGACCCAGACAAGGAUGGGAUUUACAGGGAGAAGUCAAAACUGAGCUGCAUUCAGCGAGAUGCCCAACGCCUCUUCCUGGAGUGCUAGCUCGCCUUUGCUGCUGCUCUGGGAGGACUCCUCCGGGACCCGCAUCUUCCUGUCGCUGCUCUAUGCAGUCUUAGCUAUCUCAGGGACUUUAUCCAAUGUGAUGGUCAUCUAUUUAGUCUUCUCCUUCAAGAAGCUGCAGACUACCAGCAAUGCCUUCAUUGUGAACGGCUGUGCGGCAGACCUAAGCGUGUGUGCCCUGUGGAUGCCCCAGGAGGCUGUGCUGGGGCUGCUGCCUCUCAACUCCUCCUCCCUUCGCUCGGCGGAGUACCGGCUGCUCCGAGGGGGGCUCCUCGGCCUCGGCCUCACCGUCUCCCUGGCCUCUCACCUGCUGGUGGCCUUCAACAGGUACGUGCUCAUCACCAAGCUGCCCAGCGUGUACCAGGCCCUCUACCAGCGGAGGCACACGGGCUGCAUGAUCGGGCUCUCCUGGGCCCUCGCCCUGCUCCUGGUCCCGCUGCUGCCCGGGCUCUGGACCCCGGGCUCUGCCCAGCGGCCGCCCCCGCGGCAGACGGACGGCAGCCCUCGCUACGCCGCCCUGCUCCUCGCCCUGGCCGUGCUGGGCCAGACCGCGCUGCUGCUCCACUGCUACCUCGGCAUCGUGCGGCGGGUGCGGGGCAGCGCCAAGCGGGUCAGCGUCCUCAACUUCCACCUCCUCCACCAGCUGCCCUUCCCCGCCGCCCCGCCGCCGCCCCGCCGCGCCCAGCGCCGCCUCAGCAGCGUCUCCGUCCUGCUGCUCUGCUGCGUUUUCCUCCUGGGCACCCAGCCCCUGGUGUGGGUGAGCCUCCUGGGCUUCUUCCUGCGGCCGGCGCCGCCGGCGCUGCAGGCCGCCAGCUGGCUGCUGCUCUGCUCCCUCUCGGCCCUCAACCCCCUGCUCUACACGUGGCGCAGCGAGGAGUUCCGCCGGGCGGCCCGCUCCGUCCUGCCCCGCGGCGAGGGCCCCGCCGCCGCCCCGCGCCCCGCCGCUGACGCCGGCCCCGCCGCCGCCGCCCCGCCCUGCCCGCAGCUGCCGCGGCGCCGGGGGACGGCGGGCAGCGCCAGCGCCGCCGCCGCGCCGCGCUGA